GCUAAUUGAAAAUUGAAAACUCUUACAACGGCUACAGCAGUGCAACGCAUUUUGAAAUUGUUAAUGCAACAGCAAUUAAAAUUGCUGCGAAAAUUUUACCAACAAUCGGCAUUAGCAAAACGUUAAUCAUACACAUUGAAGGAAAGCCAAAGGAAAAACAAGAACUUGAAAUCAAAUCGAGAGAAAGAAAUCCAAAGCAUUGACAAGUGAUUAGGGUUGUGUGAUAGUGAGUGUGAGUACGAGUGCGAAGCCGUCAUCAAUCAUCGGCUCAAUCCUGGGUAAUUUGUGGUUAAUAGUCAAAGAUUAUCUCUUUGCAAAAAUGGGACCACCGAAUGUAGCUUCGGCGGUUCACGGCACCGAAUUGCCGCCCAAGACCACCGAACGCAGCGACGCACCGUUGGAGGAACUAACCGGCUACCGGAAAUGGCUAAGCGACAAUCUAAUGCUUCUAGUAACGCUUUCGGGUGUCUUGCUGGGAGUCGUUUUGGGCCUUUCACUGCGUCCCUUGCACUUGCAUGGCGAUUCAAUUAUGCUGAUUUCAUAUCCGGGCGAGCUUUUUAUGCGGGUCCUUAAGCUGAUGAUUCUGCCGCUGGUUAUUUCCAGUUUAAUUGCCGGAUCGGCUAGUCUGAAUGCCAAAAUGAAUGGAAAAAUUGCCUUGCGAACUCUUGUGUACUUUGCCAGCACUUCGUUUUUCAAUGCCGCCUUGGGCAUAGCUCUUGUUAUGCUCAUACAUCCUGGUAAUCCGGAUUUGCAUAAUGCCGAUGAUCGAUCAACCGAUAAGAAGGCUGUGAAUUUAUUGGAUAGUCUUUUAGAUUUGGGCAGAAACGUCUUUCCGGACAAUCUGUUUCAGGCAUCAAUUCAACAGGCUCACACUGUGUACUUGCCCAAGCCGAGCAUCCUGCACAACUUCAAUGAAUCCUUACUGAACGACACAGCUGCUCUGCUAACUGGAAGCGUGGAGGCACAGCGUCAGCAACUGGAGGAUGUUGAGGAAGUGGUUCUCGUUCGCGAUGUCCAAUAUCGCAGUGGCACCAACACCUUGGGCAUUGUGUUCUUUUGCCUAGUGUUUGGAACAUUUCUGGGGACCAUCGGACAGAAGGGUCAAGUAGUGGUUGACUUUUUUGCCGCCGUCUUUGAGGUGAUCAUGAAAAUGGUGACCUGCGUGAUGUGGUUAACCCCGGUGGGCAUCAGUUCGGUCAUCGCUGGCAAAAUAUUGAGUGUCGAUAAUUUGAGCCUGGUGAUGGCUCAACUCAUCUGGUUCAUCAUCACGGUGGCCAUUGGUGUGAUCAUCUAUCAGUUGGUCGUGAUGCAGGCGAUCUACUUUGUGUUUGUGCGUCGCAAUCCCUUCAAGUUCUACGCUGGCCUCAUCCAGGCCAUGUUGACCGCCUUUGCUACAGCCUCAACUGCUGCCGCUCUACCCAUCACAUUCCGUUGCAUGAACGAGAAACUGCGCGUGGAUGCCAGGAUUACCCGAUUCGUCCUGCCCAUUGGCUGCAACAUUAACAUGGAUGGCACAGCCCUUUAUAUAGCCGUGGCCUCCAUUUUCGUUGCCCAAAUGAGCGGAAUGGCUUUGGGCUGCGGUGAACUCCUGACGGUGCUCUUGACCUCGACGGCUGCUUCGAUGAGUUCUGCUAGUGUGCCCAGUGCCGCAUUGGUCCUUCUUCUGGUGGUCCUUUCGGCCAUUGAUGCCCCCGUACAGGAUGUGACUCUACUUUUCGCCGUCGAUUGGUUUGUUGAUCGUAUUCGCACUACCAACAAUAUGCUGGGCGAUUGCUAUGCCGCCGCUGUGGUUGAGGAGCUCUCGCGCAAAGAGCUAAUGGCUCUGGAUGCUGCUGGAGUUAAUUAUCAGGAUCUUCCUGCUGGUACACCCAAUGGAAACGGCCUACAUGAAGGUCAAACGGAACUGGAGACAACCUCAAAUAAAUGUGUGAUGACCGAUUCGGUGGUUGUGGACAUGAGUGCCGUCAUGAACAAUGUCAAUCUUCAGCAGGAGCACAGCAACAACAAUCGCAGGGUCUAAAUGAGGAUGGCCUAUAAUAGUAGUAGUAGUGGGUCAGGCCCUGGACCAUUAAUACAUAUAGACCGACCAACCGACCGACCGAUCGACCAACCAAACCAUAGUGUUCCCCCGCUCCAUUUGAUAUAGACCGAAUUUGUAAUGUUAAUUUUGAGAAGACUGUCUUCUAAAUAAGUAAACAAAAACUUCGAAACCCACCCAAAUGCAAAUGCAACAAUAUAUGUAUAUCCAAGAGGUCUGACCAAAAAUUAUAUACCAACCAACAAGAAAGAAGAUAUAAACUGUAACUUCUCUUCGGAACACCGAAGUUUCAUAUACAUAACUCUGCAGAGCUUCGCAGCUAAUCCAGACACAGACCGAUAGUAACUCCAAUUUUAACUUUAUACUCGCAUUGCUCCGAUCUAUCAGGGUCUGCAGAGUUAUAGAAUUAAUAUCAAUAGCAAUUUACUUAGUCUGUUCCAAAUAUACAACUCUCAACAUCUGUUAGGAAACCACAUACAUACAUACAUACGUAUAUACACAUAGAUUUUACUAAAACUAUAUAUAUCGAAAAAUAUUCAUAAUAGAAAUAACCAAAUAUUCUAAAGAAUACACUUUGUAGGAAACAAUUUAAUCACCAAUUAACCAGAGAACAGAGAAAAGAAAGCAAAUAUUUGUGCCCUUUAGUUAAAGGGGGUCGAGGCAUGAAGAGAAACGAUUUUAUGUGAUGCAAUCUAAUCUAUAUGUUUUGUAUAUUAUGGGUAUUAUUUUAAAGGAUUUUAACUAUAUUAUUUUAGGGGAUGGGCAGCUUUUUAUAUACCGAAAUGCGUAUAUGUAUGUCUUGUGAUUGAUCUAUGUAUAAUGUGACAAGUUUUCGAUUGAUAAUUGAGUUUGUUAUUGAUUUUGUUACAAUAUCGAUUGAGUACGCAGUAGUUUUUAAGCAACGGAUGGAAGAUUUAGAUUUAGUUUUUUGAAUGUGAAAAAACAAUCACAACUAAUUAUUUUUGUUAUGGUUUGAUUAAUUAAUUAACACCGACACCCACACAUGCAUUAGUAGACUGAUAGCAGACUUAGUACGAGAUCCAUAAUCUAAAAAGUACUACCUAUAUACAUAUAUUGAUGAUAUACAUAUAUAUAAUAUCAAACCCAAUCCUAAACCAACUUAUAUCCAAAAACCAAUUCAAUUUGUACGCAUACGCAAAACAACAAUAAAAGUAAUAUGUAAUGAUUACAGUCA